GUACUAUUGCCAGUAUCUGCAGGAGUUAAACAGGGCAGGGCUUAUGAUUCAAGCAUAGGGUAGAAGCAGCUGAAACAGUAAAGUAAGCCUCACGGAUUCUUCUACUGUUCCUAGAAACAGCACAAAAUUGUCUCUCUGUAUUUCAGGCUUUUAAUAUUCUCAGUGUCGCCAUAAACUGAUCUAUGGAAGCCAGUCUCUGCAACUGAUACUAAAAAGAAGUCUUCUUGAAUAUGAUCCUCUCUGCUCGUUUUCUCUCCUUAUCUAUUACUGUGUAUUUCAUCAACUCCGGUUUUGCGAAGUUUCAUCCAUUAGCAGAAAUAGAAGAUGCACUGCUUCGAAAACUUUUUGCUGGUUACCAGAAAUGGGUCAGGCCUGUGCUAAACCCAAACAGCACCAUUAAAGUAAAUUUUGGUUUAAAAAUAUCACAACUUGUUGAUGUGGAUGAGAAAAAACAGCUGAUGACUACAAAUGUAUGGCUAAGGCAGGAGUGGAUGGACAUGAAACUUAGGUGGAAUCCUAAAGAUUAUGGAGGGAUUACAUAUAUUAGAGUUCCAUCUGAAUCUCUGUGGCUUCCUGACAUUGUACUUUUUGAAAAUGCUGAUGGGCGUUUUGAAGGUUCUCUCAUGACAAAAGCAAUAAUAAAAUAUGAUGGAACUGUAACAUGGACUCCACCAGCCAGUUAUAAAAGUUCUUGCACAAUGGAUGUGACUUUUUUCCCCUUUGACCGACAAAAUUGUUCAAUGAAAUUUGGAUCAUGGACAUAUGAUGGGAACAUGGUUGACCUUAUUCUGCUGGAUGAGAAUGUGGACAGGAAAGAUUUUUUUGAUAAUGGAGAAUGGGACAUCCUAAAUGCCACUGGAUUAAAGGGAAUGAGGAAAGAUGGACUUUAUUCAUACCCAUUUAUUACAUAUUCUUUUGUUUUGCGACGUCUUCCCUUGUUUUAUACUCUUUUUUUAAUAAUCCCCUGCCUUGGUCUUUCAUUCCUGACUGUCCUAGUAUUUUAUUUGCCAUCUGAUGAAGGGGAAAAACUCUCCUUGUCUACCUCUGUAUUGGUUUCUCUUACAGUUUUCUUACUUGUCAUUGAAGAAAUUAUUCCUUCUUCAUCAAAGGUAAUUCCACUUAUCGGAGAAUACCUUUUAUUUAUUAUGAUUUUUGUAACUUUGUCAAUAAUCGUUACUGUUUUUGUCAUUAAUGUUCACCAUCGGUCCUCAGCUACUUACCAUCCAAUGGCACCGUGGGUAAAACGGCUUUUCCUGGAAAAGCUUCCGAAGCUUCUCUGUAUGAAAGGACAUGUUGAUCGCUUCUCCUUUUUUGAUUCAGAAAGCGAUGUCUCUUCUGCCAAAUCUAAACCCUCUGGCAAAAGGAAGAACAUUCAUGCAAGUGAUGGGGAAAAAGUCUUAAUUGCCUUCUUGGAAAAAGCAGCAGAUUCUAUUAAGUACAUUUCAACACAUGUAAAAAAAGAGCACUUUAUUAGACAAGUUGUUCAGGACUGGAAAUUUGUGGCUCAAGUUCUUGAUCGCAUCUUCCUUUGGUUGUUCCUCUCAGUAUCGAUCACGGGAUCAGUUCUUAUAUUUACCCCUGCGUUACAGAUGUGGUUGAAUAGUCAUGUCUGAUAUGUAUAGCAGUUAUAGCAGUAACUAUAGUAAAGAUGACUAGGAGAAGAUUUUUUUUUUAAUUGUGUAUAUCAGACUGUGUAAUGGUUAAGGUGUUUUUUUUUUUUUUAUUUUUAAACAGAAUAAUUUAUUCACAUCAAAACGCGUUUUAUUUCUUUCAGCAUACUAUACUUGAACAUAAGUUUAUAAUAUAGGUCCACAGCACAUGUAUAAAUAUAUUAGUGUCUGCAAACUGCUUUUCCUCACAGUUGCUUAAGAACAUUUUUCUUUACUAAUGAUAAAACAAAACAGAGGCGCCAAAAGGAUAAAAUUAGCUAAAAACACUUAAAAACCCAAUGGGUAAUUCAGAGGAGGUAGUAAUGAACUUACCUCCUCCAGGCAGACACCAACAAAAGUGGUAAUUUUCAACAAUAAUUUAUUCACAACAAUAUUGCAACGCAUUUCGCAGGCAUUUCCUGCUUCAUCAGGCAAUGUAGAAUAGGAGCAAAAAAACAACAGUGUCUUUGUAUAAACACACCAGGAGCCUCUGUUUUUCUUUACUAGGCCACAUAGAACUUACAAGAUAUGUUACAAAAGAUAAUUAUUAAUAUUGCUAUUUAUUAAACUCGCCUUUGCAUUAUAUUCACUUAUGGAUGUGUCUAUGUAUUCAACUAUGAUCUGUUAAUUAAAAUUUCUUUUUAAUGAUCUAA